CAGCAGCAUUGGCUUUGUUUACGUGUUGGUGAGCAACACCCAUCGCAACUUUGCAUAUGUUGGUGAAACAGCAUGUAUCCAACGCAGACUCCAACAACACAACACUGGUCAUGGUUCGAACUUUACGAACAACCCCCAACUUCGCCCUUGGAUGUGCUUUGUGCUAGUGUACCGAUUUCCAGAGAAUGGUGACCAUCAGGCAAACAUCACUGCCAGGAAGAGCUUUGAAUAUCAAUGGCACACACUCAACGCUCAAGAUCCCCUUCCAAACACUCGCACCAUCUACACGAAUGGCUUAAUUGUCUUCAACCGCAUGCGUCAACGCUACCCAAAUCUAAUUUGGGAGGACUUCGGACAAUUUCACCCAUGAACAACUCCAGCCAAUAUAUCACCAUGCUAGCACAAUACCUUGAAGCAGGGGACCUUGAUGCAGCCAUGGCAAUAUUUAAUCAUCCCACGGUGACUAACGUGACAUUAUCAGAAGUCUUGACCACCACAUCAGAGAACACAAGGUUGACAGCCCAAGUGCUCUCAGUGAAGAAACCCAAGCCCAAGAAGUUCCAAAAAGAUGGCAACAAAUUUUCCAAAGUAGAAAAAAAGUAUGACCGGCUUGUUCUCCUCAGAAAACUCACCGAAGGUGACCUCUUCUAUCUCCUCACCGAAACACCCAUGGAUACAAGACAACUCUUCAAAAUCCAGAACUACACUUGGAUUGGAGCAACCGUUGGGUUAUUUGAGGCUGAAUAUAACACCAUGCUGAACCACGUUCCCAUCAUAAAGCUCGACCAGCCACUUCUGCCCAUAAUACCUACAGUUAUCUACCACAUCACAAGACCAUUUGUCGCAGAGUACUCAGAUAAACUCAUCCCAAGACCUCUUUACAUCAACCAAGCCACACUUACUGUCACCAAAGCUAAUGUUAUCAUCGGUUGUGGAGCAGACUUUUGUGACAGCCAACAUAACGUCAACACUCAACGCCCAGCUACCGUCACCCAGGACAUAGCGAAGCGAGUGAUACAAUGCCACAUUACAUCCACAGAGGCUAAUAUAAGCAACUCUCCAUUCACCUCUGCAUCCUUUUCAAGACUCUUCCUCUCAGAACAUGCAAUGAAGGUUUUAGUGACUUCUAAAAUCAAACUACUUGAAAACCAUGGGUCACACACUAUUGUUGUCAAGUACCUGCUCCUUCCUGGGUCUAAUCUGGGGGCGCUCACUGAGCCAGGGUUCCUGCAGGAUUCCUGUGGGAAGGAGCACUUUGUAAUUGUGAUAAGAGCCCUUAGCGAUGUCUAUUACUAUACCUCAUGA